AUGGCCGUCAACGGCGUCAAUGGCACGCGAUCAAAGCAUGACAUUUCUAGCCUGAAAGUCAACCAAUCGCGGUUGAUGGAUGCCAUCCAUACUGGCUGCGAGUAUGGUGCUGCCCAUCGAUAUGGAGAUGAUCCGGUCGAGACUGGCAUGGCAAGGCUGAGUCUCAAUGACGCGGAUAAAGAAGUGCGGGACUGGUUCAUGGGUGUCGCCAAGUCCUUGAAUUGCAAGACAAGUAUUGAUCAGAUGGGGAACAUGUUCGCGGUGAGGCCAGGCAAGAACUCCAAAGCGCCUCCGAUAAUGAUGGGCUCACAUCUCGACACUCAACCGACUGGCGGGAGAUAUGAUGGCAUCUUGGGCGUCAAUGCUGGCUUGGAAGUCCUAAAGGUGUUGCACGAAAACAAUGUUGAGACUGAGGGGAGUAUCGGAGUGGUGAACUGGACCAACGAAGAGGGAGCACGCUUUCCCAUGAUGGCUGUGUCAUCUGGCGUCUGGGCUGAGGCUGUUCCUUUGGAAACGGCAUGGAACCUGCCCGAGGUGUCGCCGGGAGAAGAUGGACACCGGAAGACAAUGAAGCAAGAACUGGAACGGAUCGGAUAUCUUGGGUCACAGCCAGCAUCUUACAAAGCGUUUCCCAUAGCGGCCCACUUCGAAGUUCACAUCGAGCAAGGACCCAUCCUGGAGGCAGAGAAACGGAGAGUCGGGAUCGUCAAAGGUGUGCAAGCAUUCAAAUGGUUUGAAAUUACCGUAAAGGGGAGAGAUACUCAUGCCGGAACCACUCCUUUCCAGGCGAGAAUGGACUCCAUGCUGUGCGCUGCGAAGCUGAUUGUCGAAUCCAACACCAUUGCAAAGAAGCUUGGAGGCCUGGCGACAACCGGCAUCCUAAAUCAGCAACCUGGGUCGAUCAACACCAUGGCUCACACGGUCACCUUCACUCUGGACAUUCGCCACACUGAGGACGCCAAGCUCUCCGAGAUCGAACAAAAGUGCCGAUCAGAAUUUGCCAGGAUUGCAGAAAAAGAGAGCGAGAAGGGUUGCAAAGUGGAAUGGAAGGAAUUGGUGGAUAGCCCGGCAGUCAACUUUCAUGCGGAUUGUAUUGCUGCCGUCGAAGCGAGCGCGAAGGAGGUGUGUGAGGACCUCCCCAUGACUGCCGACGACGGACAACUGUGGAAGUAUAUGAUCAGCGGCGCCGGCCACGAUAGUUGUUACACCAACCGUCGUUGUCCAACAAGCAUGAUCUUCACCGUCACCAAGGACGGAAUCAGCCAUAACCCACAGGAAUAUUGCAGCCCGGAAGACUGCGCCAUUGGUGCCCAGGUCCUGCUUGGAGCAGUGUUGAGGUAUGACAAACUGCGAGCUGAAAGAGGAGACCUCGCCUGA